AUGUCUUCAAUUUUAAAUCAAACCGGGGAAAAUACAAAAAAAGUAAAUUCAUCAAUAAAUCAAGAAAAUGCUUUAUUUGGAGAGGAAUGCAAUCAACAAGAGGAAACUAAUCAAAACCAAAGCAAUUAUAUUGAUAAUCCUCAAGAACAGCAACAACUUACUGAGAAAGAACGAAUGAUGAUGACAGGGGAGAACAGUAAUAUGGAACGAACGGAAAUAUUUGGAGAACUAAAAGGAAGGGAAAGGUAA